AGAAAGAGGAAGUGACAGUAGAAACAGGAAGGAAGGAGAGGCUUCAUUUCUCUUAAACACACAUCAGUUCUCAGACACAGAGAAACUCGGACACAAUGACUGAAAUCAGGAUUAAAAUGUCUUUAUUUCUGAUACUCGGGCUCCAGAUCACAGAAGUGACGGGACAAUUUUCCUCCUCCGUCUUUGUCAGAGAUGGAGAUGACGUCACUAUGUCCUGUAAAUAUGUGUUCGAUGGUCAGGAUGAAUGUGACAGUACUUACUGGAUCUUACAUGGUUCAAGAAUCACACACCUGGUUAAACAAGGGAAGAUUGUUAAAAAUGCCGACCCUAAAUCAGACAGACUGAGUCUGACACAGAACUGUUCUCUGGUUCUGAAGAAGGUCACAGCUGGAGACACUGAUCGCUACGACUGUCAGCAGUUCAGAUCAGGACAACAACUUCAAUACACUCUGGUUUAUCUGUCUGUUGUUACCAUGACUGAACAGAAGGACGGUGAUGAGGUGAAGUUUACCUGCUCUGUAUCACCUGCUCCAGGUUUCAGACACACAGUGAAGUGGCUGCAUGAGCGUCAGAAAGUGGAUGAAGGCAACACAGACAUAAAGACAUCACAGUCUAAGAGCUCAGCUACUGUCACGUUUCCUUCCUCUUAUCUCAAGAAGCCAAAGUAUCAUGAGAUGUUUCAGUGUGAAGUGACUGAUGGUUUCAGAGGAAGAGAGUUGCUCACCUUCAGUGCUCCGUCCUCAGGUGAGAAACCAGGUGAGGACAGGACAACAAGUGUCCAAACAACAACUGAAAACAGGAAGAAUUCCCUGAUGGAGCCAGCAGCACCUGACCACAGGGACACGUCACCUAGACAACCAGGUUGGCUGAGGCUUGUUAUCGUGUCUGUGGGUUUAACCCUGCUCAUCCUGAGUGUUGUGACAGUCGACAUAUGGACGAGAUCUAAAGGAAACAAAACACAGACGGACGACGACGAUGUGAGUUUAACAACUGAACAUUCAAACGCGCAUAAUGAUGAAGAUGAAGAUGAAGACAAAGUGAACUAUGAAAACGUUUGACUCCACUGAUCAACAACGUCAGCAUCAACUACCGAGCAUUUACAACCUUUAAAAACUACGGUGGCCCUGAAGCUCAACACGCUGCACCUGAAGAAAACACCUUCACCUGUUAGAGCGCGUACCAAGAAGGUGUGGUCCUAACCGCAGCGCCACAGGUUCAAGUCCCACCUGUGGUUCUCUGCUACAAGUCGUCCCCUCUGACUUCCUGUCUCUAUCAGAAUAAAGGCAGAAAAUAACAUUAAGAGACAGUGAUGAACCUGGACGGGACGCACCUGCUGGACGUCUUCCAGGCGAAUCCCUCCAUGUUCACUUGAUGUUCAGUGGUUUUAACUUCACGAAGCGUUGAACAACAAGUGUGUCCCAGCAGGUCCGUCACUUUUUAGAGUCCCCCUGGAAACGCCUCCGUUGUGUUGUGAGUAUUUGCAGCAGGUGUGUUGUCAAAAUGUUUUCUGAAAUACUUUCUGUUUUUCUGUUUUCAUGUGUUUUGUUGAGUUGCAGUGUGUUAAGCUUCAGGGCCACCGUACUUUACACCAAAAACAGAUGUACAUUUUACAAAAGCUGUGAGAGACACGUGAUUUUUCUUCUUUAUUCUUUUCUUGUUUUUUCUUCUUGUUUUUUCCUUUUUCUUGUAAUACUCAUGUUUCUCAUCAGCGUUUGGACUGAAAUCAUUAUUAAAAACAAAACAAAAACUUGCCUCUCCGGGCUUCCAUACCUUUGUGUUUUGAUGGAUGAAAGGAUUUGUCAGAGUUUCCGUUGAAGUGUUUGUAAAUGCUUUUUGAGUUUGCCUCAUUCUUAUUAUUUAUCUUACUUGGGAAUUAUUGUAAGUAACAGAUUAUAUGUUUGCUGGAGUCACAUAUGUUUAAUUAUGUGUUCAUUAUGUUUAAUUGAUUAUUGAAGAAUAAACCUGUAAGU